AUGCAAUUUCUCACCGUCGUCAGCCUUCUCCUUGUCGCCGUUACCCAGGUCGCGGCGGCCCCUCCUCCCGCUCUGGAGGGUCGAGACUAUGCGCUUUGCUGCUACCUCACUUGCAAAGACGACCCGGCGUGCAAAUAA